AUGGCAGCAAAUGAGGAAAAGGAGAAGUGCUCGUGGAACGGCACUUUUGGUCCCGCUAUCAACGCUCUGAAGGACCUUGGAAGGGCGGGUGUAAACAAGGAUUGGGGAAAGCUGGCUGAACAUGCCAAGGCUCGUCAGCAGGCUGUGGCUGUCGAGGUUGGCUGCCUUAUUGUAUUGCAGCGAUACGGAACCAGGAUAGUAGCUACGGCACGGUUUCACUUUCUAGUCAAUUCUUUGAUUAGCAGAAGCUUACAUCGAAUAGCAAAGGAGAUGUCAUAUGUUGAUUGGCCAGGUCUAAGAAUGGAUUAA